AUGGCUGACGCACCUGCCCCCGCCCGCGGCGGAUUCGGAUCUCGUGGUGGUGACCGUGGUGGUCGCGGACGUGGUCGCGGCCGUGGCCGUCGUGGCGGCAAGACCGAGGAGAAGGAGUGGCAGCCCGUCACCAAGCUCGGUCGUCUCGUAAAGGCCGGCAAGAUCAAGAGCAUGGAGGAGAUCUAUCUCCACUCUCUCGCCAUCAAGGAGUACCAGAUCGUCGACUUCUUCCUCCCCAAGCUCAAGGAUGAGGUCAUGAAGAUCAAGCCCGUCCAGAAGCAGACCCGUGCCGGUCAGCGUACCCGUUUCAAGGCCAUCGUCGUCAUCGGUGACUCCGAGGGCCACAUUGGUCUCGGUAUCAAGACCUCCAAGGAAGUCGCGACCGCCAUCCGCGCCGCCAUCAUCAUCGCCAAGCUCAGCGUUGUGCCCAUCCGACGAGGAUACUGGGGUACCAACCUCGGUGAGCCUCACUCGCUCCCCACCAAGGAGUCCGGCAAGUGCGGUUCCGUCACCGUCCGUCUCAUCCCCGCGCCCCGUGGUACCGGCCUCGUCGCCUCGCCCGCCGUCAAGCGUCUCUUGCAGCUCGCUGGUGUCAAUGACAUCUACACCGCGUCGUCUGGUUCGACCAAGACGCUCGAGAACACCCUCAAGGCGACCUUCGUCGCUGUCGCCAACUCAUACGGUUUCCUUACCCCCAACCUGUGGAAGGAGACCAAGCUGCCUCGAGGCCCGCUCGAGGAGUACAGCGAUGUGCUCCGCGAGGGCAAGAGGUACUAG